AUGGAUGGGUUUCGAGUAAUUGAUGUUCAUCAACUUCAAGAUAGAUGUGAUUCUGGAGGGCCAAAUAUUCAAUAUGAUGGACAAAUAGCGCUUGGAUCACGAGGUGAUGUAAAUGACCAUUUGUUUUUAGAAAAUGUACUCACCCUCCAUGUUCUUCGACGCUAUAUAACGCGCACCUACUGCUUCUUAUCGAGAGAAUACCACGAAUGA